CUCAUCUCCAACAUCAUCCAGCUGCUGACUGGAGAGGAGUCGGAGAAUUUGAAUAAAGACAGUGCCCUCAGCACAGAAGGAAUAAAGGAGGAGGAGCCCCAGCAGCUCCACCCACUGGCGGCCUGUGAGUAUAAAGAUGGGAGCGAUGUUACAGCACAUACGGAAGCAACUUUAUGUAAUAAUGACGGAAAUUUCAUAGACCCUGAGAUUUCUCAAGGGCAACAGCCCCCACCAGCCAAUGGGAUUAAAGAGGAAGCGGCUUCAUGGGAAGAUGGAAACCAAUCAGAUUGCAGCAUUAAUCCCCUUACGGAACAGAUCCAAGAACCAGAAACAUCUACUGUUAUCACGGGGUGCAGCCUGAAUAACAGCUCGGCAGAUGAUUAUAUAUUAGUUAAUAUUAAAGAGGAGGCGGCUUCAUGGGAAUGGGUAACCCAAUCAGACUGCAGCAUCAAUCCCCUUACAGAAAAGAUACAGGGAACAGACACACCUACUCCUAUCAUGGGGUGCAGCCUGAAUAACUGCUCGGCGGAGGACUAUGUAUCAGUUGUUGUUAAAGCGGAACUGGCAUCAUCUGAAGGAGAUCGCCAUUUUGAAGACCAAAUACAAGGAAUAGAUAAGUCAACUGUCAUGGGGCGGAGCCUGGACAACAGCACAACUGAGCAGAUACAGGGAACAGACACACCUACUCCUAUCAUGGGGCGCAGCCCUGUAAAAACUAGCAAUAAAUAUGAUGAAAAUGCAGAUACAUCCCCCGAUAAAUCCGGCAUAGCAACAAAUACUUUGUGUAACAAAUACAGCUGCAAUGAGUGCCACAAGCAUUUUACUGAUAGGAGAAAAUUUGGUAAACAUCAAGGAAUGCACAAGAGAGGGAAACCUUUUUCCUGUUCUGAGUGUGGGAAAUGUUUUCCAUGUCGAUGGAACCUUGAUCGUCAUCACAGAACUCACACAGGGGAGAAACCAUUUUUAUGUACUGAAUGUGGGAAAUGUUUUUCAUGUCAAUCUGACCUUAAAAAACAUUACAGAACCCACACAGGGGAGAAACCAUAUUCUUGUUCUGAAUGUGGAAGAAGUUUUUCAUAUCAAUCUCACCUUAAAGAACAUUACAGAACCCACACGGGGGAGAAACCUUUUUCUUGCUCGGAAUGUGGAAAAUGUUUUGCUUCUUUAUAUAUACUCAAUGUCCAUCAACGACGAACCCACACAGGGGAGAAACCAUUUUGUUGUUCUGAAUGUGGGGAGAGUUUUGCCGCUUCAUCAGAACUUACUGUCCAUCGGAAAACCCACACAGGGGAGAAACCUUAUUCUUGUUCUGAGUGCGGGAAAUGUUUUUCAUUUCGAUCCCACCUUUAUAAUCAUCGCAGAACCCACACAAAAGAGAAACCUUUUUCUUGUUCUGAGUGUGGGAAAUGUUUUCCAUAUCAGUCUUGCCUUAAAGAACAUUACAGAACCCACACAGGGGAGAAACCUUUUGCUUGUUCUGAUUGUGGGAAAUGUUUUGCCAUGUUAUAUAACCUUAAUGUUCACCAUCGACGAACCCACUCAGGGGAGAAACCCUUUUCUUGUUCUGAUUGUGAGAAGAGUUUUGCCACUUCAUCAGACCUUACUAGUCAUCGACGACGAACCCACACAGGGGAGAAACCAUUUUCUUGUUCUAUUUGUGGGAAAUGUUUUGCCUUUUCAUCAGAACUUACUGUCCAUGGACGAACCCACACAGGGAAGAAACUUUUUCCUUGUUCCGAAUGUGGGGAAUAUUUUGCCUCUUCAUCAGAACGUAUUUGCCAUCAAAGACGACACCACCCGAAGAAACCUUUUUCCUGUUCAGAAUGCGGGAAAUGUUUUUCAGGCCCAUCAGUUAUUAAAGAACAUCUCAAAACCCAGACAGAAGAGAAAAGAUUUUCUUCUAUGAAAUGUAGUAAAUGUUAUUCUUGUCCUGAAUGCGGGAAAUGUUUUUUCACUUCAUCGGAACUUACCGUCCAUCACAGAACUCACACAGGGGAGAAGCCUUUUUCUUGUUCUGUGUGUGGAAAAGGUUUUACACGUAAUCGUAAUCUUAAGAUACAUUUUCAGAGUCACACAGUAGGAAAACCAUAAGCUUUCUUCUAAAUGUAUGAAAUGGUUUAUACAUCAGAAAUCAGGCAAACAUAUUUUCCCAUUGAUUACAUCUUAUGUUAGAAGAAAUUUACAGAGGAAAGGGAACAACUUCAUGUACAAUAGAAUAUAUCCAUAGGACAAUCCUUAGACCAAUCCUGUUCAGCUGAAGACUCCGGGGCAUGAUCGACACAGGUGAUGCUAAGACAGGUGCCCCGUAAUGCUCCUCCCACGGCACUGGCUCCCCAUUGGGAACUGAGGGACCUCAUUUCAUCUUAGUUCACAGACAUUGGAAUAUAUCUCCACCUCCCACCAACAGAUAAUAUUCUGGGUAUUCUGGUUACUGUAUAAAAAUCCCUUUAUAUGAAAUCUAUUUUGUGAAAUUCCUUUUCCAGGAGAUGUGUCAGGCUGAUUCAAUGUUUUUUUGUGUUUAUGGUUGUUAGUAGGAAAUUGGUUGUUUCUGAUUAUUAGUCACGACUGAAAACUAUGUAUAUAUAUAUAUGUAUAAUUGUAUUUAUAUAGCGCUACUAAUGUACGCAGCACUGUACAGCAUAACAAUAAAUUAAUAAACAAGCAGGGGGCCAUUAUAAUAAUAGAUAAAUAUAAUCAUGAAUUAAUAACAAACAAACACAGAGCUAAGUGACACAAGACAAGAGGAUGGAGGUCCCUGCCCCAUAGAGCUUACAAUCAAAUUGGGAGGAUAAUUUACAGUGG